UACCUAAACUCAAAACAGACAACAGUCGAAACAUCGACCAUCGCACGUGUUGUACUGUUAAUUUUUUUUGAAAAUGGCGAAGAAAGGCUUGAAGAGGAAGCAGAAAACGGAAGAAGUAAAAAAACAAGAUGAGUCGAAGGUGAUUUUACCUCUCGUCCGACGCUCGGACGAACCGGUUAUUAAAAAGGCUAAAUGGAUAAACAGAGAGCGAAUUUUAGUGUUUGGUACUCGUGGAAUUAGUUUUCAACACCGCCAUUUGAUGAAAGAUAUAAUCAAAAUGUUGCCUCAUGCAAAAUCAGCAAACAAGAUGGAACGUAAAGAAAAUUUGUUUAUAGUCAACGAGAUGUGCAAGAUGUCUCACUGCAAUAAAUGCAUUUUAUUUGAUGGCAGAUUGCAAAGAGACUUAUACAUGUGGUUUUCAAAUUCGCCAGAUGGGCCCAGUAUUAAGUUUAAUGUGGAAAGUAUAUUUACAAGUGCUGAACUAAAAUUAACUGGCAAUUGCUUAAAAGGAUCACGACCAUUGUUGUCAUUUGACAAUUCUUUUGAUGCACAUCCACAAUAUUCUUUGUUACGAGAAAUGUUUGUACAAAUAUUUGGUGUACCAGAUCAUCAUCCUAAGAGUCAACCGUUUGUUGACAAUGUUUUAAACUUCUCUGUAUUAGAUAACAGAAUAUGGUUUAGGAAUUAUCAAAUAUUAGACGAGAAUGGUGCAAUAGCUGAAAUUGGACCAAGAUUUGUUUUGCAACCGAUUCGCAUUUUUAAAGGAAGUUUUUGUGGUGAAACUCUUUGGGAAAAUCCAUUUUAUGUUACUCCAGCAAAGACAAGACGUUUAUUGAAAGAUAAUAAAAAAGAUAAGUAUGCCAAUAACAAAAUACAGCGUAAAGCAAAGAAGACAAAAGAACUGCUUGCACCAUUCCGUGUUAAACCAGAAAAUGAAAUAUUCAGAGAUGGCAAUGUGAAGGAAAAGGCUAAACAUUUAAUAGCUAAAAACAAAAAGGCUUUUUAAUGUUAAAUUUGUAAUAAAUAUAUUAAGAAAUUUGUUUUACACACAAGUCAAUAAAAUUUGAAAAUAAAAACAUUUGAAUACCAUA